CAAACUCCCUGGUAACAGGCAAAUUGACUCAGCGGGCCAACCCAAGAUGCACUUGACGCUGCGCGGGCCAGCAGCGCCCCCGCCCCUUCGGGCGAAUCUCGCCUCUGGCCGCUGCUUCGCGGGGAGCCCGCCUCCGCACUCCGCUGAUUGGCUGCACCGGCCCGCUCUUCACGCUCUUUUGUCUCAGCGGGCGGAGGAUAAAAGCCUCCGUAGCUGCCUUGGGAACUGCGCUGCCUCGACUCGGCUACCCCUUGCUGGGCCGCCGUGCGAAGCAGCUCCCUCGAGCAGCCCCGGGUCGCUUAGCGGCUGAGGCUGCGCGAGUCCUUUCUCCUUCAGGGCCGCGGAGACUGGAAGGCGGACUCCACAGCUUUGGUGCUGGAGCCUCAGCUGCCUGCCAGUGCAGCGCAGUAGGUCGUCAGAGCCACAUUCGAACUUAAAUUCUGUGCGGCUGCUUGCAGAACUGUCUUGACGCCAGCCUAGAGGACCCGGAUCUGUGACCCCCUGUGGACAGAGAUCGACUGUACCCCCGAGGCGAGUUUUCUCACCGAGUGCAUCAGUUGCAGAGGCUGGAAAGGAAAUAAAGGCGCACUCUUGCUUCUGAGCUCGUCCCCUACGGAAAUAGGAGGAAGGAAGAGCCACCCUUCUCCCUGAACACCUGCAGAUCAGGCUUUUCUAAAAAGCCUGAGCAUCUUGUUAUAUUCAGACAGUUUGUCAUCUUUAGUCAUGGCUAGCCUCAUUGCACGUGUGGGUAACAGCCGUGGGCAGAACGCGCCCUUGCCGCCUUGGGCGCAUUCCAUGCUGAGGUCCCUGGGGAGGAGUCUUGGUCCUUUAAUGGCCAACAUGGCAGAGAGAAACAUGAAGUUGUUCUCUGGGAAUGUGGUGCCAGCCCAGGGGGAGGAAACCUUUGAAAACUGGCUGACCCAAGUCAAUGGGGUCCUGCCAGAUUGGAAUAUGUCUGAGGAGGAGAAGCUUAAGCGCUUGAUGAAAACCCUCAGGGGCCCUGCCCGAGAGGUCAUGCGUUUACUUCAGGCAGCCAACCCCAACUUAAGUGUGGCAGAUUUCUUGAGGGCCAUGAAAUUGGUGUUUGGGGAGUCUGAAAGCAGUGUGACUGCCCAUGGUAAAUUUUUCAAUACCCUGCAGGCGCAAGGGGAGAAAGCCUCCCUUUAUGUGAUCCGUUUGGAGGUGCAGCUCCAGAAUGCUAUUCAGGCAGGCAUCCUAGCUGAAAAAGAUGCCAACCAGACCCGCCUGCAGCAGCUCCUUUUAGGGGCUGAGCUGAAUAGUGACCUGCGCUCCAGGAUUAAGGAACUUCUCAGGCUGUAUGCAAAUGAGCAGGAGCGCCUUCCUGACUUCCUGGAUUUAAUCAAAAUGAUAAGGCAGGAAGAGGAUUGGGAUGACACCUUUAUUAAACGGAAGCGGCCCAAAAGGUCUGAGUCACUGGUGGAUAGGGCAUCUAGCCCUGUGUCGUUUCAGGCCCCCCCACCGGUAGCCAAUGGCAGUGCUGACUGCAAUGUGAUAGAGAUAGAUGACAGCCUGGAUGACUCAGAUGAGGAUGUGAUCUUGGUGGAGUCUCAGGAUCCUCCACUUGGUGCCCCCUCCUUCAGAGAUAGGGCCAGAUCUCAGGAUCAAGUGCUGUUUGUUGAUUCCACCAACAAUUAUGUGCCUCAGGUUGCUUCCUCCAGUGAUGGUUCUGGGCAUAAGAAUGAUGGCCCUGGGGAUGUGCGUAGAGGCAGGAAGCGAAAAUACACAAUCCGCUGCUCAUAUUGUGGGGAGGAGGGACACUCAAAGGAAACCUGUGACAAUGGGAGCAACAAGGGCCAGCUUUUUGAGAAUCUGAUCAUCACCCUGCAAGAGCUGACCAAUCACAAGGAGGAGGGGUCAGGCACACACCAUGACCUCUUUGAGGCAGAGGAAGGUGAUGGCCACCAGCUUUAAAUGAGCCCUUACCUAUAUUCAGAGUCCAUGGGAAAACGGGGGAGGGGGGGGCUUCUAAUUGCAUGAGUCAUUCCACAAAGCGGCUAUCUUUUGGGGUGGAGGAGAAGAGGGUCUUGGAUACCAGCACAGUUGAGGGAGAUGGCCUGACCUCUGCCCUUGCUUUCUCACCCUGCUGCCUACGGCUCUAUCUUGUGUGUAUGCCCAUUUCCCUGAUGGCUUUAUUCUCUUUGUGAAAGUAGUACCAUUCAUUGUUAAAUCUUCAAAGUACAAAAAGUAAAAAUUACCCCAAACCCUCCACCCUUACAUAACUAUUGUCAACCCUUUGAUGAGCAUCCUUCUAGGUAUUUCCCUAUACCAGUGUAUCCAGAUAGAUAUAUGUAUAGAUGAAAGUAAAUAUAAGUGCUGUUCUAUACUCUGUAUUUUUUCACCAAACAAUAUAUGUUGUGAGCUGCUUUCUAUGUCAAUAAAUAUAUCAGCAUUGA